UUUUUGAACAUAACUGAUUGAGUAAUCAAAAUGAAUUUCAAAGGUUUUGCUAUUUUCGUUGCUUUUGUGGCCAUUGUAUCGUGCGGACUUGCCGAUCCACAAGAAGAAGAAGCCAUUAAAACCCAUUCAAGAGGUAUAAAUCAAGCGAAGGAACCAUUUGUGCUACCUGAAACUCGUAUUACCUGUGACAUCAUGGGCUCGGAUGCUUACUGUGCAGCCCUGUGCAUUAUAAAAGGAUUCAAAGGCGGAUAUUGUAACAGUCAAAAAGUUUGCGUUUGUCGCAACUGAGAAAUGCAUUCAUUGACUUGGAAUAUUAAUUUAAGGAAAAGCAGUAAAUUUUUGUUUUCUAUUGAAUAAUAUGAACUUGUUACAAAAAUAACAA